AUGGAGGAAAAACAAAAGUUUAUCAAGAGUAGAAGUUCCUUUAAGGGGCAGUUAACUAUUUUUAAAAAGGUUUUUGAGGGGUUUCAGGGUAAAACCUCCUUAAGUGAUGUUGAACUAAGUGAGGUACAAGAAAGGCUGACUAAAUUAGAUAUUCUUUACGAUAAGUUUGAAAAUGUUCAAAAUGAGUUAGAGAUGCUGGCUGAAGACAUAGACGUAGAGCUAAAAGAAAGAUCCAUGUUUGAGGAUGGAUAUUUUGCGUUAAAAUCUCAAGCUAAAGUUAUGUUAAAAGGUUUUACACUCGAAGUGGAUGAUUCUUCUAGUUUAAAUGGUAGUGGUAGUCACAGGAGCAGUCACAGAUCUAAUAACAGUCACCGGUCAAUGUCAGCUGAUUUAAGGGGGGUUAAAUUACCUGUAAUAACAUUGCCUAAGUUCUCGGGGGACUACAAAGCUUGGCUAGAGUUUCGUGAUAUUUUUAGUAGUCUUAUACACGAAAAUGAAACUUUAACAUUAAUUCAGAAGUUUCACUACCUACGUGCAUCACUGGAGGGCGUUGCAGCACAAGUUAUAAGUUCUUUAGAUUUUUGUAGCACUAAUUACAGCAUAGCUUGGACAACUUUGUGCGACAGGUUUAAUAACAACAAAUUACUUGUUCAUUUGCAUUUAAAAUCUUUAUUUGAUCUUGAACCGAUAAAUAAAGAGUCCGCAGAGAAAAUACGGUUUUUAAUUGACAGCGUGUCAAAAAGUUUAAAUGCUUUAACCGCGUUAAAACAAGAAACAGAGCACUGGGGUACUUUAAUUAUGUACUUGGUUAGUACUAAGCUAGAUCCAAUAACAGAUCGUGAGUGGGAAGAAUUUAAGGGCUCUAAAGAUGAAAUUCUUUCGUGGGAAGAUUUAAAGGGUUUUUUGAAGUCGCGUGCUGAUUUAUUAGAGACUUUGGAGCGAAAAGGGGGUCUAGAAGUACACAAUAAAAAGGAUUCGUCUAAGUUUCAGGAAAAAAGAAGGUACGGUCCUGGAUCUAAAACUUUUCAUGCUAAUGAGGUAAAGUGUGUUUCUUGUAAGGGUAACCAUUCGAUUCUAAAUUGCUCUGACUUCUUAAAGAUGUCAGUAAAUGACCGUGUUGACAAGGUAAAGCAAUUAAGGUUGUGUAUAAACUGUUUGAAAGGUGGGCAUUACAGUAGAUUUUGUCGGUUUAAUGCGUGUAAUAAGUGUAAAUUAAAGCAUAAUAUAUUAUUACAUUUUGACACUCCAAAGGCUGCGGAGCCAGAGGUUAGUGCAGACCAACACCAGCAGCAGGUGUCGCUUUCUUCUUUUAAUUCUGAUGUGCAUGUGCUUUUGUCUACAGUUUUAUUGGAAAUUCAGGAUAUUAAUGGAUCUUGGCAUGUUGCUCGUGCACUUCUCGAUUGUGGGAGUCAGUCAAACUUUAUCUCUUUAGAGUUGUGUGAAAGAUUGAAAAUAAAUAAAGAGGACAUACACAUCACUGUAGGAGGGUUAGGCCAGUCUUCUUCUAGGGUAAAAUAUAGGUGCAAUGUAAGUGUUCAGUCUUUACACAAUGGUUUUAGUACGAAUUUGAAUUGUUUAGUGUUGCCUGAGAUAACUGGGUAUAUACCGAGUGUAAAGCUUGAUGUCAGUAGUCUGGAUAUUCCAAAGAACAUUACUUUAGCUGAUCCUUCAUAUCAUAGACCUGGAAAAGUCGAUUUAUUAAUUGGGAAUGAGUUAUUUUAUCAGUUGCUUUGUAUUGGACAAGUAAAUUUGGGUUCUAACAAGCCUAUUUUGCAGAAAACUAGGUUUGGGUGGGUGAUUUCAGGUCCUAUAGUGGGCUUAAGUAAAAAUCCCGAAGUGUUUUGCAAUUUUAGUAUGAAUUCUUCCCAAUCGAGUGUUGAGUUUGAUUUACAGAGGUUCUGGGAGGUAGAGCACGAUUUUUCGAGUGUUAAAAGGGUGUGGUCAGAGGAGGAGAGCGCUUGUGAGGCUCACUUUAAAGAAACAUUCCAAAGGGACAUCGAUGGGCGUUUUAUUGUUUCAAUGCCUUUAAAAGGUCCAAUAGAUAGCUUGGGUGAUUCGUGGGAAAGGGCACGCCAUCGAUUCCUAUCUUUGGAGCGUAAGUUGCAGUCAAAUGCUGAUUUUAAGAGAAUGUACCAGGGUUUUAUGGAUGAAUAUAGGGACCUGGGUCAUAUGAGUGAAGUUGUCUUAGAAGAUGUGAAUAAGUUUGCUUAUUACAUGCCACACCAUGGUGUAAUGAAGAAAGAGAGUUUGACAACAAAAUUGCGAGUUGUUUUUGACUGUAGUAUGCAAACUUCAACUGGUGUAUCACUUAAUGACUUACAGAUGGUAGGGCCUGUAAUUCAACCCGAUUUGAUCAGCAUUUUAUUAAGAUUUAGGGAGUUUCAGUUUGUUGUAUCUGCAGACGUAGCUAAAAUGUAUAGGCAGGUUUUGAUAGCUCCCAACCAACGUAAUCUGCAGAGAAUUCUUUGGCGCGACUCGACCUCAGAUCCUAUUAAAAUCUACAAUUUGAACACCGUGACUUAUGGCCAGGCAUCGGCCAGUUAUUUGGCAGUGCGGUGUAUAUCUCAGCUUGCUGAUGACUGUGAAGCGGAAAGCCCAGGUGUAUCUAAAGUAAUCAGGAAUUCAUUCUACGUGGAUGAUUACCUCUGUUCUUUUGCUUCAGUAGAAGAAGCUAUAGCUAUGUCCAAGGCAGUUUCUGCAGUAUUGGAAACUGGAAAGUUUCAGCUGCGAAAAUGGAUGUCUAAUGACAAGGAAAUUUUGAGUGGUAUGAGUCACGAUGAUAAAGAGUUUAAUGUGAUAGAAUUUGGUGAGAACGAAAACGCAAAAACCUUGGGUUUAACUUGGUCAUGUGCGUCAGACUAUUUGACUUAUACCAUAGGGAAAUAUGACAUAUGUAAUAAGGUUUCUAAGAGGACAAUUUUGUCUAGUAUCGCUCAGGUUUUUGACCCGCUAGGGCUGCUAUCACCGUGUGUGAUCAUUGUUAAAAUUUUAAUUCAAAAGCUGUGGCUGGAAAAGUUGUCGUGGGAUGAAGCGUUGCCAUCAAAUCUCCAUAAUGUAUGGUUGAAGUUUCGUAUGGAGUUAUACAGUAUAAAUGAUCUUAAAAUUCCGCGACACGCGUCGUGUCCAAAGGCUCUAGUGGUAGAAUUGCAUGGAUUUUCUGACGCAAGCGACGAUGCCUAUGGGGGUGCUAUUUAUUUGCGCACUAUAGAUAGUGAGGGUACUAUUACUGUGAGGCUUUUGUGCGCCAAAAGUAAAGUGAGUCCUUUAAAGCGAUUAACAACGCCGCGCUUAGAAAUUUGUGGAGCUCUAGUGUUAGCGCGUUUACUGGACAAAGUUUUGAGGUCAUUAAAUAUGAAAAUAAAUAGAUGUGUUCUCUGGACUGAUUCAACGAUAGUGAUAGGGUGGCUUAGAACUUCUCCAAACAUGCUUCAAACCUUUAUUAGUAGCAGGGUGUCAGAAAUUCAAUCGUUGACUGCUAACCAGGAAUGGAGGCAUAUUUCAUCCAAACUUAAUCCAGCGGAUGUCUUAUCACGCGGUGUUUCUCCAAAGCAAAUCUUAAAUUUGGAUUUAUGGUGGAAUGGUCCACAAUUUUUGGGAGGAGAUGAAGAUACUUGGCCCCAGUCUAUCGUUAAGCCGGAAAAUCUACCUGACUUGCGCACAAAAAAGAAAAUUUUUUCUCUCAUGUCUAUUGAGUUUGAUGAGUAUAUUUUUAGUAAGUUUUCUAGCUACAGUAAAUUGGUUCGAGUGACGGCUUGGGUGUUGAGAUUUCGUCAAAAUUGUGUGGCUGAGAAAAACGGAUAUAAUCUUCUUAAGGGUUCUCUUUCUACAAAGGAAAUUAACAACGCAAUAUCAUGCUUAGUGAGGGCUUCUCAAAAAUUAAGUUUUUCUGAGGAAUAUAGUUGUUUAGAACAGGGAAUACCUCUUGAGAACAAGAGCCGCCUUUUGUCUUUAAAUCCUUUUCUAGACGGAAAAGGACUUUUACGGGUAGGAGGUCGACUGCGACAUGCAGAUUUUAGCUUUAACAAAAGACAUCCCAUGUUAAUUUCUCCUAAGCAUCCAAUUGCCAAAUUGAUUUGUGAUUACGAACACAAAAGGUUGAUGCAUGCCGGACCUCAAUUAUUGCUAGCAUCAAUAAGGAAUAAGUAUUGGCCAGUGUCAGGAAGAAAUUUGGUAAGGGCUACAGUUAAAAAAUGUCUAAGGUGUUGCCGGUUUAGCCCUCAAGCCAUAAGGCCUAUCAUGGGUGAUCUUCCUGCUGAUAGAUUAAAUUCUCGAAGUGUUUUUGAAAUUGUCGGUGUCGAUUACAUGGGACCUCUUCAUAUUAAAGAUAAAAAAGGUCGAGGUGCUAAGAUGUCCAAGUGCUAUGUUAGUGUUUUUGUGUGCUUUUUAACUAAGGCACUGCACUUGGAAGUUGUAACCGAUCUUACUAGCGAUGCAUUUUUAUUAACGUUUAGACGAUUCGUGGCUCGCCGCGGCAAACCUAGUCAGGUUUUUUCGGAUAAUGGGAAAAUGAGAAAAGGUUGGGUGAUAUGUUUGCGCAAGAAGGAGUGCAAUGGCAUUUUAUACCAGCCCAAUCCCCUCACUUUGGAGGAUUAUGGGAGGCGGGUGUAA